AUGAUUCUGUUAUUUAUUUUAUUACAUAUAUUAUUGAACAAUGAGAAGAUUAUCGUUAAUGGUAAUGAUAUUCAUGCACGUCAACGUCGUAGUAAUAUUCCGUGUGGUAUCAGUUUUACGCCAUGUUCACGUGCAGCACUUGCAUUUGGCCUUGUAUCAAAUGCCAUCAAUGAGGACGAAACACAAACUCAACGAAAUCCAACCGAAGUUCAAAAGCAUUACACUGAUAUCAGUAAAUUAAUCAGUAAUCAAAAUAUUACUGCUGCUAUACGAGAAGCAAAAGAUGAAAUUGAUAUACUUUUCAAUCAAACUGAAGUUAACAUUUUCAAAAGCAUAAAUGAAUUUGAUGGCGAACCGGCAGAGAGAUUGUGGAAUGCAAUAAACAAAAUUGACCCUUAUUCCAAAAAACUUUCCUAUUCAUCGCAAAUUUCCGUUGCUGCAACCGAAAAGUUAUAUAAUUCUCAUAUUAAAUCUGAACAUAUUCUUGAUGAAUUACCGAUAAUGGAUCUUCGUAAAACAACGCUAAGUCGCAUAUGUCCAGUAAAUUUGGUCACAAAAUGUCCAUCGGCUAAAUAUCGAACCUAUUCUGGACACUGCAAUAAUGUUAAUCAUCCAUUAUGGGGUGCUUCAUCUGAACCAAUGCAACGUUUCCUGAAACCGGCCUAUGCUGAUAG